UUUUGCGUGGACGAUAGUGUAGCUGCAGCAGCAGAUACCGUCUUUCAAAACUAUGACGAUGUAGAAACGAUCUCAGAGGCUCUCAACUACUACAUCAACAAACCAGGAUGGGCUUACCUUGUUUAUCAGAUGGGACCACCACCUUCAAUUAUCUCCACCGUAAACGUUCAUAUGGACCCCAACUUCUGCAUGAAAACAUAUGAAAAGCUCGUCAAUGGUCAAUACCUCGAGUUCCAAAUGUUCGCUGGACUAGUAAAGAAUUGA